UCUCUGCUCCUUCCUGUGUACAGUCCUUACCACCCAAGGCUAUCCAUCCACCAGUGGAACCUGAGGCAAUGGAUUGUCCCAGACCUGCAUUAGUCUCCGACUGGAAUCAGCAAGUGUGGAUCCUUCAGGGUCAGACCCUCAUGGCAGUUCCUUGGAGCAACAAUGUGAGGCCAGUCACUGUCACCAUUAUGCCAUGCAAGUAUCCAGAGUCUCUUGAGAAAGACAAAGGGGUUCCUAUUUAUUUGGGAAUAAAGCAGCCAGAAAUGUGUCUAUAUUGUGAGGCCAUUGGUGGACAGCCCAAAUUGCAGUUGGAGAACCAGAAUAUAAUGGAUCUGUACAACCAAGCCAAGCCUGUGAAGCCAUUCCUUUUCUACCGUGAAACGACAGGCAAGACCUCCACAUUUGAGUCCGUGGCCUUUCCCGGAUGGUUCAUUGCCUCUUCCGAGACAAACCAGCCCAUCUUUCUCAUUUCCGAGCUGGGGAACGUGUACAAUACUGCCUUCCAAUUAGAUUUCAAGGAACUCUCACAACUUAACUACUCCCUCUAAAAACUGCAGUAAAAGGUGCUUUUUGGGGAAUGGAGAGCCUAAAUUCCUCACCAGCCAUGCUUCGGAUGUUAUCUUGUGAUGAAAUGACACAACUGAUUUAGGGUAUAAUUGUAGAAAGAUGUAGCUAAGAUCUGGUUCUGCAUAUCAUAGAUUUCUUAUUCUGACUCUGAUACUACAAAUGCAGAAAAUGAUGUUUGCUUAAAUACAGUCCACACAAUAGCACCAGUAAUGAAUUUUUUUAAUGAAACUUUCAUUAAAGUGGUGGACAAUCACACCACCUACUCUA